AUGGCCUCUUCUUGUAUUGUGAAAAUCCUUGAGACUACUGAAAUCAAACCAUCCCCUGAAUCCCCCAACUUUGCCUCUGAAUCCACUUUGCCGCUCACUUUGUUCGACGCUUACUGGUUCCAGAUCCCACCGGUUGAGCGGCUCUUCUUUUACAACCUUAACGACUUAACACCUGCAGAUUUCAGCUCCGAAAUCCUCCCCAAACUCAAGCACUCUCUUUCUCUAACGCUCCAUCAUUACCUCCCCAUCGCUGGAAGCCUCAAGUGGCCGUCACAUGCCCCCAAACCCUUCAUUUCCUACCCUCCAAACAAUGGAGUUUCACUCACGGUUGCCCAGUCUAAUGCAGACUUCCACCGUCUCACCGGCAAUGGAAUCUAUGAAGCUGUUGAGUUACAUCCUUUGAUACCCCACCUGAAAUCCUCAGAUGAUUCAGCAUCAAUUCUAGCUCUUCAGAUAACCCUUUUUCCUGGUAAAGGGUUUUCUAUUGGAAUCACGGCUCACCAUACGGUUCUUGAUGGUAAAACUACAACCAUGUUCAUGAAAUCCUGGGCGUACCUUUGCAAGCAAAGGAACAUACAGAACUCUCAUCAGUUGCCACCAGAACUAACCCCAGUUUUCGAUAGGGACGUUAUCAGAGAUCCCACAGGGUUUGACCUUGAUGUGCUGUAUUUGAACCAGUGGCUAACAUAUACUAUUGGUAAUAAAAGCUUGAAGGUUUCAACAGACAAAGGAGCAGCUCCUAAUCUAGUUCGAGCCACAGUUACGAUUACUCCGGAAGAUUUCAAGAAAAUGAGGGAAAAGGUAUUCUCUAAAUCACUUGAUACCUCAAAAACACUUCAUUUAUCAACUUUUGCGCUUACGCUUGGUUAUGUAAGUAGUUGCAUAGUCAAAGCAAGAGGUGGGGCAGGAGAUAGAAUUGCGUGUCUUGCAUUUACAGCUGAUUGCAGGUCCCGUUUGGAUCCACCUAUCUCAGAAACCUAUUUUGGAAACUGUAAUGUUGUUCCAUCAGAUAUAUCAAAGGCUAGAGGCUACAUGGACUUUGAAAAUGGGUUUGCAUUUGGUGCAGAAAAAGUAAGCAAUAUGGUGAAGGGAUUAAAAGAGAAAGGGGUUUUCGAAGGAGCGAAAGAUAGGCUGACACCCUUUUUCGAACUGGCUAAAGAGGCAGCAGGAAGUGUACAAAUGAUAACAGUUGCUGGAUCGCCACGAUUUGAUCUUUAUGAAACUGAUUUUGGAUGGGGAAGGGCGUGGAAAGUGGUGGUUGUUUCCAUCGAUAAGAAUGAAGCUAUUUCCAUGGCAGAAAGCAGAGAUGAGAAGAGGGGAAUAGAGGUUGGGUUGGCCUUGAAGAAGCCUGAAAUGGAGAGGCUUCUCAACGUGUUUCUCAAAGACGACGUUUAA